CUCUCAACUUCCAAACACACUCAACCCAUCAUUCACCAUAUACCCAAAACUCAACCCAGCUCCUCUUACUCCUUCGUUUACUCUUUAAUCAAUAAGAAGUUCAAUGGCUAAAGAUAUUGAGGUUGGAGGCACUGAAUACGGCGCCAAGGACUACCAAGACCCGCCCCCCGCCCCGCUUAUUGAUCCCGAAGAGUUGGGCAAGUGGUCGUUGUACAGGGCCGUCAUUGCUGAAUUCAUCGCCACACUUUUGUUUUUGUACAUCACUGUGUUGACCGUGAUUGGGUACAAGAGCCAGAGCGCCACAGAUGAGUGCGGCGGCGUUGGCAUUCUUGGCAUUGCUUGGGCCUUCGGUGGCAUGAUUUUCGUCCUUGUUUACUGCACUGCUGGCAUUUCCGGGGGGCACAUCAACCCUGCUGUGACGUUCGGGUUGUUCCUGGCCCGGAAGGUGUCGUUGGUCCGCGCUGUAUUGUACAUCAUUGCACAGUGCUUGGGAGCCAUUUCCGGCGUUGGACUAGUGAAGGCUUUCCAGAAGGCGUACUACGUCAGAUACGGCGGAGGCGCCAACGAGCUGGCUGACGGCUACAGCACCGGCACAGGAUUGGCGGCCGAGAUAAUCGGCACUUUCGUCCUUGUUUACACUGUCUUCUCCGCCACUGACCCCAAAAGAAACGCCAGAGACUCCCAUGUUCCUGUUUUGGCACCACUUCCAAUUGGAUUUGCAGUGUUCAUGGUUCACUUGGCUACAAUCCCAAUCACCGGCACCGGUAUCAACCCGGCCCGCAGUUUCGGAGCUGCUGUCAUCUACGGCAAAGACAAGGCCUGGGAUGAUCAGUGGAUUUUCUGGGUUGGACCAUUUAUUGGGGCGGCAAUUGCUGCAAUCUACCAUCAGUACAUCCUGAGGGCUGGAGCAGCUAAAGCUCUGGGAUCAUUCAGGAGCUCUUCUUACUGAGGAUCCUUCAAAGCAUUGAUUGAGAUUGAAAACUCCCAAAUGUGGUUAGGGAGGAAUGUAUAUUAAGCACUGUGGAAGAGGCAUCAAUAUGUUAAAGAGGGGUUGGUUGGGAAAUGGCACUGGUUUUAAGUGUGCCCAAGUGUGUGUCCUCUUUUUCGUUUGUUUUCUUUGAUUUCUCUUUUUCUUCUGGCUACUUAGUUUGCACCAAUUUGGCUUUAAAAAUAAUAUUGUACCAACAACAAGUGUGUUCCGCAGCAAUGCAAAUUGUAUCAUCAUCAUCAUCAUCUAUAAAAUGGUUCUUCGUUUUCCUGUUAA